AUGGUGCCCAACGAGCAGAAGGAAAAGUACCAUGUCCUGCGACAGAAGUUAUGGAUGAGAAGGAAAGCUCAACCACCAUUUGAGACACUGAGGGAACUUAUGAUACAGAGUGGCUCGAGUGGGUUUAAUAAGUUGGUGAAGAGUUUCCAUCUUUGA